AUGACUGUAAAACAUCUCUCUGUGGAUUAUAACAAAGUAAACGAACGAGGCACCUUCUCUCCUGGGGACACCCUGUCCGGGAAGGCGACAGUGGUGACCAGUAAGGAAACCAAAGUGCAAUGUUUUGUGGUCAAGGCCAAAGGAAAAGCUAAGGUUGCAUGGUCUGAACAGAAAGGACAAGUCACAGAGGCUCACAACAACAAGAAGGAGUACUUUUACUUUGAGCAUAUUAUUCUGCAGGAUAAAAACAAAGGAGAUGGUGAGUAUUGUAUUGUUUUUAUUGAACUUUUUUCUUCUUCUUAAGGUUCAGAAAUCAUCGCGCCUGGGAGAAAUGUGUUUCCAUUCACCUUUGAGAUCCCAAAUACGUGCGUGUAUAUGGAUUAA